CUAUUGGGAAGCAAUAUCACAAACAUGUCAACCAAGAGUUGUCUCAAGUUCUUAUGGAAACAUUUUUGCCAAUUCAUCAGAUUUAAUCAAAGCAAUAACGAAGGCAGCUCCAACUUUAGAGGAAACAUUUGCCGAAUGCUAUUGGAAACGUUCAAAUAUCAAUUGUGAAGAAAUUUUUGAUUCGAUUUUAACCGAAGAAGGAAUCUGUUUUUCAUUUAAUUCACUUAAAUCUUCCCAAUAUCGGACUGAAUUGUACAAUUCCCGGAAAAAGGACUUUAUCGGUAACAAAUACGACAUUAACCAACAUUUAGAUUGGGAUCUAGAAAAUGGUUACAACGAACAAGCUGAUGCUGAUACUUUUCCUGUUCGAGCUUUAGGAGCUGGUGCUCAAGAAAGUCUUAUUGUUUUUUUGACAAAUAGAAAAGAAGAUGAAGAACAAAUGUGUCGAAAUGCUUUACAAGGCUUCAAAGUCACACUGCACACUCCUGGAGAAGAACCACAAGUGUCAAAGAAGUUUGUCGAUAUUCCUUUUGAUCAAACAGUUUUGUUAGCUGUGAAGCCUAGACUUGUAACGACUUCUGAUGGAUUGAGACAUUAUCAGCCUGAAAGGCGACAAUGCUACUAUCAAAAUGAACGAUAUUUAAGGUAUUUCAAAGUCUAUAACCAAGUCAACUGUCAAUUGGAAUGUUUGGCAAAUCAAACCCUUGCCAAAUGUGGAUGUGUUAAAUUUUCAAUGCCCAGAAAUUCAUCUCAUCCAGUUUGUGGAGCUGAUAGUAUCAAAUGCAUGGAUGACGUCAUCGACCAUAGCAGCACCAUGAAAUUCAAAUUAGAACGAAAUCCAAAUCAAUUUAAUAAUUUAAGUAGUUUUUGUCAUUGUUUACCAACUUGUAUUGAAAUUGAAUAUAAAGCAGAGCUGGAACAUCAAGUUGCAAUUGAUGUAGUUGGGACAGCUAGAGCUUUUAGAGAAGAUCGAAUGGGUGAUGAUAUUUGGAGCACUCGAGUAACGCAACUAAGUAUUAAUUUCAAAGCUGAUGUCUUUAAUGGACUAAAACGUUCCGAAUUGUAUAGUUGGACAGAUUUUAUAGCAAGUUGUGGUGGAUUGUUGGGACUUUUUAUGGGUAUAUCGAUUUUGAGUUUGGUGGAAUUUGUAUAUUUUUUUACAAUAAGAUUGUGGAGGAAAUUGAGGCAAACGAGGAGAAAACAACGAAGAUUGUCGAAGAAGAAACGAAGUUUGAAUAAAGAUGAUAGUAGUAGGGAACAAAGUGCCAAAAUUUAAUAAAUUAAUAAAAAAU